GUUUGGCGUGGUGCAGUAAACUCGUUAAGCUUAUGCACUGCACCGCCUGUACUUAAAUGCCUGCAAGUGGAGACAAAUUACACUGCUUUACUGCCCCAUAUUGAGACAUAUCGUUCAAACCCCUCAUGUGCAAGCUCUGCCAUAAUCCCAAGCCCGCAUAUCACUUUAUGGAUAUUCCCUUCUCCUGAAUCCUCCUCUUGUCAUCCAUAUCUGGUGAUCUCUUGUACAAAGGGACCGGAUAAGAAUCUUUUCGACAAUGUCCGCCCCUCAAUCGCAAUAUCGUGAAAGUUUGGAUGAAUUGGAAGAUGGAAGAGGCGAAUCGGCUCCCUUGUUGGGCGGCGAAGAAAGUCAAUCAAAUACCCAAAACGGUCAAACUUGGACGCAAUAUCCCGCACAAUGGUGGGCGCAGUCAAAAGAAUACGUUAACACAAUGCGAAAGAAACACAUCGAUCGUGGAAAGCAGCGUCAACAAGAUGGGGCUGGAAGUGCAUCUAAUGAUGAGGACGCUCAGAAUUCGACCGGAAUAAAAGCUAGAGUGCUUCGUUACCGUUCAGAGCAUCCGACUGCAUUCAUCGUUUUGUCUGCUCUUGCAGGCUCUUUCUUAUUCGUUUUGGUGCUCUUCCUCAUUGUCCUCUUCCAUUUGUUAUUUGUGACACUACGCAAUCCUGAUGAAGCCACUCAACAACGUAUUAUGGCCAAUUCGUUCAGUAUAGACGGACCAGACAACGUGCGCGUGGUGGAUUUGGCAGAUAAUGGAUUAACGAUCAACAUUCAAGGCAGAAUUGGAAUUGAUGCUGAUGUCGCUUUGAAUGAAUGGCUUGGUGAAAGAAAGGAUGUCAGCUGGUGGAAACGCAAAGAUCGUGAUAUCGUCGAAUGGGCAGUAAAUAAAGUGGCGGGUGUCCAAGUUGAUGUCGACACUCUUGCCUUGCGUAGCCCAGACUGGAGCGUCAACAGAGAUGUUGAUCGGGUCAAUUUGAUCCCAGAUGAUGACAAAAAGAAGAAGAAAAAGCACCAAGCAUCUAUCAGCGAGAAGGAAAUUCUCCCGCCUACGCCAGCUGAUCUUGUCACAUUUAAGAUUGAUCCACUGCUCAUUCCUGUGCCACAGGUAGGCAAAGGCGGUAAGAGCACAGGUCUGUCAGCACCUGUCGCUGAUACACCAAUCGAUGUUACAAUCGUAGUAAAGCCUUCUGGACCUGCCCUUCUUGAAUUUGCACAAUACACAUUGGAAAACAAGACCGCAUACGUCGACAUCAAAGUGACAAAAGCUCGUGUGCGCGGAUUGAACUUCAAGGAUUGGGCUCGUGGACAAGUGACCAGCUCUUCAUGGUGGGGAAUUCCUGGCUGGAUUAAUAUGAACGCAGGAGAAACAUGGAAGCGAUUGGCACAAGAAGUGCCAAAGUUUGACGGAAAUGAUACAAACACGGAUGAAUUCUUGAACUUGACAAGGUAUGACUUUGCCGAACUUGGAGGGCCUGGAUCUCCUUAUCCUGAACGUGCCUUAGGUCUUGAUGCAUACGCUGAGGCUACAAACCCAUUGGGUAAAUUACUCAAGGGUCACGUACCGUACAGCCUGCCCUUUGGAGCAUACUUGCCCGUCAAACCUUCGACAAAUGCUUCAUCUAUUCUUGAAAGUAGCGAUGACGAUUUCGUGUUGUUGGCAGCAGUCGCUACUGAGCCUUUUGACAUUGACGGACAAAAGAAGAUUCCGUUGAAAUUGCACGGUCGCGUAAUCCCACCUCCGCAACCACCAUCGUUCAGCCGUCGCUCACAAACACCAAUGAAAGCAGAAGGCGACAAGAAGCCUUCUCCACCUCCUAAAGAGGAUGCUGCUGGAAAAGCCCUUGGUGACUUUUUGAGUCGAUUCUUGCGUGGAGAUCCUAACACACUCAUUGUUCGUGGUGGAUCGCCCUUUGCAGCUCCAAAAGAGAACAAUUUAAAAGAAGGUGAAAUGCUUCCAAUGCCAGGUGGCGGAUCGGACGAUUUGCCGGUUUGGUUGGAUCGUUUCCUACGCACGAUGUCCGUACCAAUUAGUUUCCCUGGUUCGCCCGUGACAGAUUUGAUUCAAAAUGUCACAAUUGCCGACUUGAAGAUCUCACCACAUCCAUUCGGUGAAGACAAAUUUACAUGUAGUGGAACGAUUAUGGGUGUUAUGAACAUGCCAGGUCAAUUGGCUACAGUGGAUGUACAAAUUACCGAUCUUUGGCCUGAUGUUUUGAUCUACAACGGUAAACCUCCAAGUAUGAAACAUGGAGAUGACAAGGACGGUGAUCACAAGAAACCAGAGAAAUUUAGCAAGCGUGACAAAAAGCACGGAGAUGAUGAUGAUAGCGAAGGCGAUGACGAUACACCCAUCCCUGAUCCUUUGCCUGACCCAUUACCUGAACAUGCGUUUGGCCGUGUUGUACCUCACAAGUGGGCACCAGCUGAAACAUAUAUCGAUCCAGAAGAUCCAAAAGGAGAACGUAAAUUAUUGCGAUCGGAAUUGAAAGAUGUUCCAUUCACACUUUUACCUGGAAGAAGAGCUGAUUUCCAAAGCUUUAGCUGGAAGAUCAUCACAGGCGAAGGCGCACUUGCCGGUGUUGAUGGUAAAUCAAAAGCAAAGAUUUGGAAUAGCGGUUUGGGUAAAUUGAUGUUAUCAAACUUGCCUGUUCAAGGUGUAUUUACUGUUGGCAAGCGUGGCUCAGGUGGUGAUGAUGGCGAUGGCGACGGUGAUGAUGGAUUGUUCAUCGCGUAGAACGAAUUGGUGCUUUGAAGAACGAUAAAUGUGUUCAUGUAUUUUAUUUAUGACUUUCUCGAUACAGUUUUGCAAAGAAUCUCUUUUUGGACCUACUAUCCUCCAACAGAGUGUGAUGCGAGUUUGUCAUGGUAUA